UCAUACUUCUCACAUCACUUGUGUGAAGCAUGGAGAAAGAUUGCGGGAUCUGCAACAAGUACAAAGAACACUACUACCUGGAGCAUCUCAAUGGCGAGCGAAUGGAGUUUUAUGAGCUGAUGCAUGGAAAUUUUUCUAAACACCUGAAAAUACCAAAGAAAUGCACAUAUUACUUUAGAGGAGAAACUCCUGAAACUGUUGAUCUCAAGGACCCUGAUGAUAACAUUUGGCCCAUUGGUUUGAAACAAACCAAUGAAGGAAUACUGUUGCAAUCUGGAUGGAAGGAAUUCGUCGAAGCUCUCCAUAUAACUGACGGAGACCUUUUGAUUUUCAAGUAUGAUGGAAAUCAAUCCUUCGAUGUUUCGAUCUUUGGCAAAGAUCAUUGCAAGAAAGAAGCUUUCCAUUUGUUUAUGGAAAGUGAUUGUGAAGAAGAAAAAAGUGAGGAUUCUGUGGAAGUUUUGAAUGCAAAAUCUCAUGGGAAAGUGUUUAUGCGUAACUCUUCAACUACUCGAAAAAUUUCUAGAGAAAAAGAAAACCCAGCAUCUAAGUAUCAAAGGGUAAAGUCGAAUUGUAAGAGAGCAAUUUAUGGUACCAGUGAACUGAAUGGUUAUGCAAAGAAAAAGAACUGCAACCUCAGUGAGCCACUUUGCUUGCCAAUACAGGGUCUGGAUGUCGAUGCUGAAGGAAUGGGUCACAACAUUAAGCAAGAAUUUGUUGACGCGCACAACCUUGAGGAACUUAUAAGUCCAAAUUUUUAUAUAUCGAAAAGGAGAAGUUUAACUCGUGAAGAGGAAGAAUUGGCAUUGCUGUUGGUUCACUCAGUUAAACCAAGAAAUCCAUGUUUCAUCUCAAUUUUGCCAUAUGGCAGUGUCUACAAUGCUUGUUUUAUGUAUGUCCCCAUAAAAUUCCAGAGAGCACACCUUCCUUCCAAACACUGCACCAUUUACCUCCAACUUCCUAACCAAAGAAAGAAGUGGCGUUCCCAAUUUUACGUUUACAGCACUAUGGCGAGGUUCUGCUGGGAGUCCUUCGUUGUCGACAACAGCUUACAACUUGGGGAUGCCUGCCUCUUCCAGUGUCUUCAAAACUCGGGCGACGUCAUUAUGAUGGUUAGCAUCUGCCGUGCUGCAGCACGAGAGACUGAUUAAAGAUUAGGAAAUGAUCAGUAGGAAAUCCAAGGUAGGAACCUAGGAUUAUAUGCAAGUAUGUCUACUAUUCUCAUGUCUUUCUUCUUGCUGUAAUAUUUUCGACGUAGGAGUACUUGAACUUUACUAAGGCUUAAGUUUCGACAGGGUUAGCUUUGAUUUGCCUUUGGCAUAAACUUCUAGUAUUCUAUGCAAUUGCAGCAUAUGUC